AGCUUUUGUUUUGGUGCGAGCUUUUGCUUGCGAAAUAAUUUUGUUGCUUUCGAGCUCCCACUAAACAAUCCGUCCAGUUAAAAGGCCGUCAGUGCUUAAUGCUUAGUUGUUGCAUAGAUAUUCGUAACGAUAGCAUAUAUUGUAGAGAGAAUCAAACCAACAGCAAUGGAAUUCGAAACAAACAAUAGUGCCAGUAGUACCACCAUCGACAAAAUUGAGCCAUCCCAAGCUCCAGUGCUGAAUAUAUCUGGAAGACGUGAAGACACUCCUCGCAUUUGGGAGAUAAAGAAGACGGCUGAUGCUACAGAUCGACGGCAGGCACACCCCAAAAUCAACGCUAUGACAUUUCCAGCAAUCCUACGUGGAAUUCUGUUGAAAUGUAGCUCUCCACCACCUCCAAUCGAUCCGUACAAUGUCGACUACACACAGAGUCUGUGUUUCCUGUGUCUAAAAAAACCACUCGAACGGAAGCGUUUAUACCAUAUGUUCCUGUCGACGCCUACGGCCCUAGGGAAGGACUACAAUCAAGUGAAUUCCAUGUACAGUAAUAGAGCAGACUUCAAAAUUGUAAACCAAAUAACCGUGAACACAUUCUGUGCACGAUCACUGUACCGCAGAGUUCAAAAACACUUUUCCGAUGCUGUGUGGAACAAGAAAGGGAAUGUUUUUGAGAUGGAAAUGAUUGCAGACACAGACGUCUGGGCGAUUUCACAUGAUGUGUAUGAGAUGCACAAUAAGGAAAUGGAAAAACUAGUUAAUUACAUAAACAACUAACUAUGUUGGACGGCAUCGAUUUACUACCCAAUAAAUGGUGCCGUAUGGAUGUUGUGAUGGAGACAAUCUUUGUCGUUCAUAUUAGUGAGAUUGAGCAUGGUCUUCUGGACUAAACUAGAGGGUGCUAUCGACAUGCGUCUUCGACACAUCACUGAGCACUCGUUUAUUUUUUUUGGAGAUGAUCACCGGGAUGAUCUCC